ACGCGCACGCACACACAGACGACCCUGUCGCCUUUUCUCUCCGGGCGCUGCCGAGAAAGCCAGCCCUGCCUUCCCUUGCUGGGGCGCGGAGGCUCAGCAAGCUCAGAGCUCAGCCCAGAGACAACACCGUAGGCGAAGAAAGACGGUGGAGAAGCCUUCUUUCUCCCUGCCUGCCCGGGCUGAGGCGCCCCAUCCCCCGCCGUGAAUCCCCAUCUCUCCCACCCCACCCCUCUCGGUUUCACACGGACUGAGCCCGGAGCCCCGUGUGUCCCCAUUUGGAAUCCACGUUUCAGCACUUCGGACAGCGCCUGGGAGCCCCGGACCCCUUUGGGUUGGCUAUGGCGAGCGUUCAGCAAGGCGAGAAGCAGCUUUUUGAGAAGUUCUGGCGAGGAACCUUUAAAGCUGUGGCCACCCCGCGUCCCGAGAGCAUCAUCGUCGCCAGUAUCACGGCCCGCAAGCCGCUGCCAAGGACAGAACCCCAGAGCAGCCCUGUGGUUCCAGCUCAGGAUGGACCCUCGGAAAAGCUGAGCCAGUGUCUGGCCGCUGAGGCCUUGGGCACCAACAGCUGGGAGAAAGACAAGGCCUGCCGGGAGCUCAGCCCUGCCAGAGCGCGCAGUGCCUCCUGUGACAAAGACUUGACGCCACCACCUUCCUCCAGGGGGAAGAAGAAAAAGAAGAAAUCCACCCGGAAGAAGAGAAGGAGGUCCCCAUCAUACAGUCCAUCGCCCGUCAAGAAAAAGAAGAAGAAAGGUUCCAAGAAACAUAAGCGACACAGGUCAUUCUCCAAGAAGAGAAGGCACAGCUCCUCCAGCCCAAAAAGCAAAAGAAGAGACGAGAAGAGGCACAAAAAACAAUCACGAAGCCGGCCCAGAAAGUCUCACCGUCACCGUCAUCACCAUUGCCCCUCCAGGUCCCAGAGUUCGGAGACCCGCUCCUCAAGCUGUGAGAGCAGGCACCGCGGCAGGUCCCCCGAGGAAGGGCGGAAGUCCCGCCGAAGGCGCUCCCGCCGCUGCUCCAAGACCCUCGGCAAGGCCAGCCCCGAGGCUCACUCCGGCCACCCGCCCAGCCAGCCCCUCCAGAUGCUCAGCCUCCUGUCAGCCAGGGGUGUAAUCACUGGGUCGGGGUCUGCAGCUGACCUCUUUACCAAAACAGCCAGCCCGCUCACCACCUCCCGAGGACGCUCCCAGGAGUAUGACUCAGGCAAUGACACCUCCUCACCACCCUCCACGCAGAUCAGCUCAGCCAGGUCGCGGGGUCAAGAGAAGGGGAGCCCCAGUGGGGGCCUGAACAAGAGCCGGGAACUCAACUGUGGCAACACCUCUGAUUCAGGGAACUCCUUCACCACCUCCUCACCCCAGAACAAGGGGGCCACUUUGGAGAAUCUCUCCCCCACCAGCAGGGGCAGAGAGUCAAGAGGAUUCCAGUCGCCGUGUCUGGAAUGCGCAGAGGUGAAGAAGUCCGAUUUGGUCCCAUCCACAGCCCGGAGCUCCCCCACGAGAGAGUGCUCCCGGAGCCCCUCCUACGCCAGCACCUGCUCUUCCAGUCACUCCUCCCGAUCCCCAAAUCCCAGGGCCUCCCCCAGGUACACCCGAAGCCGAUCCUCCUCCUCCGGAAAAAGGUCCUACUCGCGCUCUUCCAGCUAUUCCUCCAAGUCUGGCAAGAGGAGCCUCCCCAGCAGAAGCUCUCGAUCGCGCCGCAGCCCCAGCUACUCCCGGUACAGCCCGAGCAGGGAGCGAGACCCCAAGUACAGCGAGAAGGACUCACAGCAGCGGGAGCGGGAGCGAGCGCGUCGGAGACGUCGGUCCUACUCGCCCAUGCGGAAGCGACGGAGAGAUUCCCCGAGCCACCUGGAGGCGCGGAGGAUAACCAGUGCCCGGAAGCGCCCGAUCCCCUACUACCGGCCCAGCCCCUCCACGUCCAGCAGCCUCAGCAGCACCUCCUCCUGGUACAGCAGCAGCAGCGGCCGCUCCGCCAGCCGCAGCUAUUCCCGGAGCCUCAGCCGCAGCCCCAGCCGCAGCCGGAGCCGCAGCCGCAGCCGCAGCCGCAGCCGCAGCCACAGCCGGACCCGCAGCCGCAGCCGGACCCGCACUAGCAGCAGCUCGGGCUCCCGAAACAUUGAGGGCUCCUGGACCCUGUCCUUCCUGUUCUCCUGGGAGGAGGAAACGAAGCCCAUGGGUCCAGAAAGUGCCCUACAAACUCCCGCCAAGUCCUUCUUCCACCCGGAGAGCAGCGAGAGGUGCCCCGGACAGCAACGGGGCGACCUGGCCCUGGGCCCUGCCCGCCAAGACUGA